UUUUAAACAGUUCUAAUCCAGAAUCAUAAAUUGAGGCGCAUGCUAUAAAUAAGCUAAAAACAGCUUUACACCUCUUUAUUUGGAAUUUGGAUGAACAAUAUGAAGGCAGACGAGGAAUCAAGGAAGAGCAGUAAUACCAACAAGAGCGAAGUAAAGAAGGUAACAAAACCUCCGUUCAGGCCCGCCAAAGAUGACACAAAGCCACUUCUUCAAGACCCAAUACUGAGAUCAGACCCAAUUGAGACUGAGGAAGCUCUGCUGCGGUUACCUCCUUUUCCUAUUUGUAAACCCAAAUCUCAAUCCUAGUGAAUUUGGUUAAUUUAUUAGUGCAAGAAGUGUGUUUCUAUGAUAUCUGAGUGUCCGAUCCGGACUUGCUCAAAACUUUUUAUAAACCCUUUUGGAUGCCCAAUGUUGAACAACUAUAUGUCUCUUUGCUCAAUUCUCUUCACAAAAUAUUAGUAGUCAUAGUAUUGCUCUGGUAA